GCACACUCGAAAUUUAAAGAAGAAGACUCGGUGGGGUGCAUGGCUCUGGGAUGCCAGAUGUUGCAAGAAGUUCUUGCGUUUGUUCCUUUUAUCGUUUCUUUGAAUUUCAAGACGACCGCUGUACAGUCGACAAUUUUCCAUAAUGAAGACUGCUAAAGGAUCCCCAGCAAAAAAGGCAGUAACUCCUGUUAGGAAGGGUGCAGUGAAUAAGAAAGUAAUUAAAAAACCAGUUGCAAAAGCCAUGACUAAGAAGGCGGUUGAUAAUGCUCCAAAAAAGGCAGCUGCUACUCCUACAGGUGCCAUUGAAGAUACCAAAACCACUUCUGCCAAGAAGAAGCCUGUUGCAGUCAGGAGGCAAAAUACUAGAUUGAAGAAGGCUCAGAAUUCCAACAAUGAGGAAGAGAGUGAAAUUACUGACGAAGCAGGUGUUGGUAAAACCCCACAUUUGACUGCUGUAGAAGACAAAUGUUUAUCCGAAGAAACUCAAAUUGAAGAUGCUGGUCAUGAAGCAGCCCUUGAGAAAGAGCCCCCUAAAGAUGCUGUAGAUAUGGUUCCCUCAGGUUCCAAGGGACCAGCAGAUAGUAUAGAUCAAGUAAAAGAAAAUGAAACAGCCUCAGUUGGCACUUCAAGUCCCAAAAUUCUUAGAAGUACUCCUGUUAGAAGUUCAUCAGGUUCCAAGGAAAAAUCAGAUGGACUUAAAGUUGAAAAGAACAGAAGUAUUUUUUCUGGCAAGAAGGAAGAAAAAAGUACUCCAGGCAAAGGUGAGAAGAAGUUGUCAGGUGACAUAGGAGCUUUUAUGGCAAACUUUUUCAGCCGUCGGCGAGAAUUGGAGAAGGCAUCUGCAUCAUCAGGAUGUAAUAAGGAAUCUAAAAGUGGUGGAACUGUGCAAUCUGCUAAUAGUACCAAUAAUGAAGUCCAGCAUGAAGAUAACAAAGCAGAUAGUGUGUCCUCUGUAGGUCUUGAAGAAAAGGGAUCAGAAAUGCCUAGAAAAGAGAACCAGAUUAAUGAUGGUGAUGAAGCAAAGAAGGAUGGUGAUCAACAUGAAAAGACAGGAGGUGGAGGAAAAAGUACUACAGAUGAAAAGUCAAGUGGAAAGUCUGGUAUUAGUAGUGCUGAAAAUCAAGCAAAAGACAAAGUGACAACAACAGGGGAAAACACUGCUCUGAGUGAUACAUCUAAAUGUGGAAACAUUACUUCAUUGGAAAAAGGUACAGAAGAGAAAGUGCACAGGGGUGUUGGAGCACUUCUUGCUGGCCUUGGAAAUCGGAAGAGUCAGUACGUCAAAGAUGUGCCACCAUUGUCAUCAGGAAAAGGGGGUCCAGUUGUAGCGUGUGAUGAUUUGUCAAAGGAAAAAAUAUUGUCAUCAGAAGAAGGAAAAUCAGAAUCCGAGGCUUCUGAAAAGAAUCUGCCUGAUUCAUCUUUAAAGGAUAGGAAGGAAGCCCAGGAGUUUGGAAAUAAGGGUAUGUCACCAAGAAAGACAUCAUUAGUAAAGUCAGGUGAUGUUGAAAAAAAUAACUGUAAGUCACCAGAAGAAAAAGAAUUACCCUCAGAAAAAGCUAAUGUUAAAAGAGCUGCUGCAUCAAGAAAAGGAAAGACUCCCCGGGUAUCUGCUAUGAAAAGUGAAGAUGAUCAUCAAGAUAACAUCGAAUCAAAAGUGACAGGAAGCAUAGGUGCUUUGCUUGCAGGACUGGGCAGUCGACAGCAGAAAAUGCCUGAAAGUAAAAAUUCUCCAUUGUCUAGAGGGAAAGGUGAAAUCUAUGAAAUUAACCAGUUUGCAGCAGAUGAAAAUAAAAGUCGUCAGUCAAAAAUGGAUGAAGCUGAAAAAGAAAAAGAGAAGAAUGAGAUUUCUGAGGUGAACCAGGUUUCAUCACAUGAAAAUACUACUAGUGAUAGUAAGUCAAAAGUGAAUGAAUCUGAAAAGGAAGGAGAUAAAGCUACAGAUUUGGGAGUUGAAAGUAAAAAGAUACAAAGUUUAGGAUCCCUAUUAGCUGGUCUCAGUAAUCGCAGGCAACAGUUCAUGAGUUCUGAUCAGCCGUCAUCAUCAGGGGAAAGCAAAAUUUCAAAGGGAAACCAGUUUGUGGCAGAUGAAGAUAAAAGUGACAAGCCAAAAGUGGAUGAAUCUGAAAAGGAAAGAUCUAAAGUUCCUAAGCCCAGAAGUACUUCAAAAGCUGAUGAUCAAGAUAUUGAGAGUAAAAAGAUACAAAGUUUGGGGUCCCUGUUAGCUGGUCUUGGUAGUCGCAAGCAAGAAUUCAUGAGUUCCGGUAAACAGAUGUCAUCAGAGGAAAGUAAAGUUUCAAAGGGAAACCAGUAUUUAGCAGAUGAAAAUAGAAGUGAUAAGUCGAAAGUGGAUGAAUCUGAAAAGGAAAGAGCUAAAAUUCCCAAACCCAGAAGUGCUUCAAAAGCAGAUGGUCAAGAUAAUGAUAGUAAAAAGAGACAAAGUUUGGGGACCCUUUUAGCUGGUCUUGGUAAUCGCAAGCAAGAAUUUAUGGGUUUCAGUAAACCGACAUCAUCAGGGGAAAGCAGAAUUUCAAAGGCAAACCAAUUUGUAGCAGAUGAAAACAGAAAUGAUAAGUCAAAAGUGGAUGAAUUUGAGCGGGAAAGAUUUCAAGUUCCUAAGCCCAGAAGUACUUCAAAAUCUGAAGGUCCAGAUAUUGAGAGCAAAAAGAUACAAAGUUUGGGGUCCCUGUUAACUGGUCUUGGUAGUCGCAAGCAAGAAUUUAUGAGUCCUGAUAAACAGUCAUCAUCAGAUUCUAGAGAAGAUGGGCGCAGAAUGUCUGAAAGUAACAGAAGGUUUGGUGACUUUGGCUUUGUGAAGGACAAAAUCCCAAGAAAUAAGAAAAGAUCUUGGGAAUUUUCUGAAGACGACAGAAACGAAAGCAAUUAUUCUGGGAAAAGUAAGAGGACUGAAGAAUCAGUGGUCAGAGAAGAAAAUGAUGUAAUUUAUGUACGAGGACAUGUGCCAAAACCCAAACCAAGUGAGAAGGAUCUACAAAACCAGAACAAAUCUCUUCAGGGCAACAUGUCAUUUGAAGAGGAAGCUGAACGUAGAAAAACCCACUGCAUUGGAAACCUUUUGGCUUCUUUAGCAAAUCGACCCUUCCCAGAUACUCGACCACCAUCCAAUAAUAACAGUACAAAUCGACCCUUCCUGGAUCCUCGACCAUCAUCCAGUAAUAACAGUUACUCAUAUGGACAAGGUCGACAAUGGAAUAGGGGUAGAGGGGAAAAAGAAUUUAGAAAACGUCGCCGUGAUGACUACGAUGAUGAGGACGAUGAGGAUGAUGGUCGAGACCGAAGGUGGAGAGAGAGAGACACUAACAAACAAGGAAUUAAAGAGAAAAAAGAAAAAGAACCGUUUGAUCCAAAGAAGGCAGCAGAAAUGGUGAAAAGUGAAACUGAGAGAUUAGAGAAAGAAUAUGGUCCUGGUGUUUUCUCAGUAGGAUUUACAGAAAGCAGAAUUUUAGCAUUCGUUUGUGAGAUAUGUAGUGUACAGCUGACUAAAUCAACACUUGAGGUACAUGCAGAUGGCAUGCAACAUCUAAAGAAAAAGAACUUGUGGGAGAAGAAGAAACGUAUACAGAAGGCAAACAGUGAAGAGAAAAUCACAUACUCAGGAGGCCGCACGGGGUGGGUGAAAGUAGACAGUGAAUCAGAGAAGUCAGCUUCUGCUACACCGUCACCAGCUCCCAGCUCUAGUGCUGGUGAUGGAUCCUAUGGCUAUGAGGGCAGUUAUGGACAAGGUGGUUAUGGAUAUAACAAGCAGUUGUAUAAGCAGCCACCUCCUUAUAGCUCAGGACCUGUUGAUAGGUCUGGUGGUCAAUAUGGUACUGGACCAGCAAAUAACCCUCCCCUUGCCAUUCCUGGCCACAUCAAUACAGCUGUUCCACCACCUCCACCUCCAGCUGCUGAACCCCCUGCAAAACCCAAGAACACAAAGGGUGGGGCCACUGUAUCAUUAUUACAAAGACUGGAUGCCUGUGCUGUAAAGAGUGAGAAAGAUUUGGACCUGGCCUCCAGUGUUAUUUCGGCCCUUUUGAAAUCCUUGAAAGAGUUUAACCACAAACGUGGGGAUACAAAAUUCAUUGAGGUACUAACAGAAAUUGACAUAAAGUUCAGAAGUCUGAGAGCUAAAUCUGCUCUGUCAACAUAUGAAAAAUCGGCAAAAGAUGGUGCUACCUCCACUUCAUCCAGUGUGCAGUCCAGUACACCUCAGUCAGGUUACUCAUCUGCUCCCAGUUAUGAUAAUUCAUCAAAAGAUAACAGUUCAGGGACAUGGUACUCCCAAGGAAGAGGUCAUAUCUCUGGAAACUCGAGUGCAUUUGGACAAGGAAAGUCUACAGGAGCUACAGAAGCUGUGGGAUCAAGUUAUUCCAACAAGAUAUCUGAAGGUUAUGCCUCUGGAGCAGGUUCAUCACAGGUUAUGUCUUCUAGGUACUCUUCACAACCCCCACCAGCAAAUAUACCACCUGUUUCAUCUACUGGAUAUUCACAGCAGACAGCAAAACAUACACAAGGAACAGAUGGAGCUGCAGGCACUUACAAUGCUGCUACUAGUUAUUACAGUUCUGGUUACUCAGCACAAACUGAUGGCAGUAUGAAGCAGAUGGAUUCAAAGAUAUAUUCUUCAGAGAAGCCAAAAGAAACAGUUGGGGGUUAUUACACGCAGGGACCUGCGGUAUCCCAACCAGUUUAUCCGGGUUAUUCAGAGAAAACUGGAAAUACUAAUGUCAUGGAAAUCAUUCGUUCAGGAAAUGAACCACCCCCACCACCUCCCCCAGAAAGUAACUAUGCUGCCCAGGGGUAUCAUUCCAGUUAUCCUCCUAUGGGUUACUACAAUUUAUCUGCACCCCCACCUAAUUAUAAUCAUCCACCAUAUUAAGCUGAAAUGGAUGUAAAGGAUGGAACCUCAUAGGUAAUUUUGAGUGGUAUAAUAAGUGACAUUCCCUGAUUUUUGGUGAAUCAGUACCUUAAGAAUUAAAUAAAUCAUUGUUUUACUUCAGGAGUAUAAACAAAUAUACAUUUUUAUGUAAAUAAUUUUCUUAGGAAAGUAGCAUACCCUGAACUUUAAUGUACAGCAUGUUUACAAACAAAUGUUUGAUUAUGAAAAAUAGUUUGGUUGUAUUCUUUACAAAAUAUGAUUAAUAAUUUUUAAAAAUAUGAAUUUUAAUAGCAAUUAGGCUAGAGAAUCGUAAAGUCUAAUAGACUAAAAGAACAUUAUCACAUAAUGAAUAUGUUAGCAUAAUUGGCUUGGAUUUUGUUUUUAUAUUUGUCUCAUAUCCAGUUUUAGGGUUUGGAAUACUGCAAAGAAGACUUUAUGAUGAAUGCCCAAUGUUCAGAAUAUCUCUUGAAGUAAUUUUUAGUUUAUUAUUGAGAGAAUUGCUUCAUUAAAUAUGAACUGUAUUAAAAUACACUAAAAUAGAUGUGUUAUCUUGUAGCUACAGUGUUCAAUAAAGUUUCUGAAAGUGC